AUGGGAGGAAAAGGCGACAUCUUUUUCCGCGGAUGGACUCAGCCUAGGAGGGAACUCACGGCAUCAACAACUGCUGCAGGAUACAGAGCCCCCCUGCGGUGGCGCAGCAGCCUAGGAGGGAACUCACGGCAUCAACAACUGCUGCAGGAGGGGAAUCUGCUGCUGCGUGUUCAUUUCCACCCUACUGAAAAGGCGCAGGCGCCUGUAGCUCCAACGGAGAAACAAACGGACCUUCAGGCUCUGCUCCCAACUAGUGGAGUGAAGGGUAAGAGAUCCAGCAAGCCAAGCCGUAGCCAAGGGAGUAACAAGGGCAGCAGCAGCAGCCACAGCAGCCCAAGCACGGAUAGCAGCAGUAGCUGUGGGAGUAGUUUGGUCGGCAGCCACAGCGAAACGCAGGAGCAGCCGACAAACCGGCUUCGGGAUGUUUCGGAGGGAGACGGCACGCUGCAGCAGUUACUGCUGCAGCAGUUAGAGGAGCUGUCUCUUGCCUGGCAGCGCGCGCUGAGCGAACAACAACAGGACCGCAAACAGCAAUGGGAGCGGGCCUCAGUUGUCAUUGAUGGCCAGCGGCUUCAGGAGCAUCUUCAGCAGUCUCCGCUGAUGGGAGCGCUUUGCACCAACUCCUUCUGCAGCAAUAUGGCGGGUGCAUUCUUGGACUUGUACAGCGAAGAGGAGUUUCGCGUGUGGGGCCUCUGCAGCAGCUGCCAGCAGCAGCUCUUCACGACGCCUCUUCCAGCAGGAACAGACGGAGGACGUCUUCCAAUGGCACGGUUAAAGUUGCCGUCUCCGUUUGCCCACUGCUGCAUAGACACCCGCCAUGAGCUUGGGAUUACCCAAGCCCUUGCUAAAGCGGCGGCGCGUCAGGAGCCAUUACCAGCGUCUGCGGCGCUGCAGCUGUAG